AUGCCUCCGAAAUCAUCUCCAAGGAAGUCGCCGACCAAAUCUGGCAAAGGUUUGAAAGGAGCGAAGAAAGGGGCGAAGUCGAGAGGUCGUGGUGGUGCUGCACAAAAGAGAAGGCGCAGACGGCGAGAAUCGUAUGGUAUCUACAUCUACAAGGUAUUGAAACAGGUUCACCCCGAUACUGGCAUCUCGUCUAAAGCCAUGUCUAUAAUGAACAGCUUCGUGAAUGAUGUCUUUGAGCGUAUCGCUUCUGAAGCUUCCCGACUGGCUCACUACAACAAGCGGAGUACCAUCACUAGCAGAGAAAUCCAGACAUCUGUUCGUCUGAUUCUACCUGGUGAGCUUGCCAAGCACGCUGUCAGUGAAGGCACAAAGGCAGUCACCAAGUACACCAGCUCCAGAUAA